UUACAUAAGAUGUCUGCCAGCAAAGCGGCUGGGGCUACGGUGCGAGCUGUCACAAGGAGAAAACCCGUGCCACCAAGAGCAGCAUUAACUUUGACUCCAGCAGCAGUUCAGCGAAUACAGAGCUUGGUCUCUCAGAAGCCAGGAACGAUUGGUCUGAAAAUUGGUGUGAAACAGCGAGGGUGCAAUGGUCUGUCAUACACACUAGACUAUGUAAAGGAAAGGGGAAAAUUUGAUGAGGUUGUCGAACAAGAUGGUGUUACAGUUCUAAUGGACAAAAAAGCUCAAUUAACUCUUCUUGGCACAGAGAUGGACUUCAAAGAGGACAAACUAAGCAGUGAAUUUAUUUUUAAUAACCCAAACAUAAUUGGAGUUUGUGGCUGUGGAGAGAGCUUUAAUGUGUUUACACCAGAAGAGAAGAAGAAAUCUGGUUCUUAGGGAUUAUUGUGUGUCUUGAUAACUUCUCUGUGAUACAUUUAUGUUUAUGAAAGGUUAGCAUCAUUAACAGACUUCUCAAAACAACAAGUCAUGAAGGCACCCAUCAAGUAUCAUUCUUAGCAAAGAAUGUAGUGCUUUCCCUGAAGUCCAACCACACAAGAAAUUUCAUGGUGCUGGCUCUCAUGUGGUUUUCUAAUGAUGAUAUAUCCAUACCAACGGCAGAGUUGGCAUGUCAAACAAUAAUAAAUUGAUAACAAUCAAGAAAACAUCCAUUUCAACAUGACAACUCGGGUGUGAUUCUUUGUUUAGUGACUUCAGGUGCAAGAAGCAGUUGAAGAUUUUCCCCUUGGACUAGGUUUAUGUCAGCAAACUGAAGACGUGGUUAAAAUUAAGAUAUUUAAGUGGACUUAAGUAUCAAAUACCCACAAGUCAUGUGGUUUUCAACCGAGUUAUAGUUUGCAAACAGUUUUUCUAGAGAACAUACAAUGUACACUGUACUACUACAUUUGGUAGAGAAUGUGGUCGAUUUACAUUGAUAAGUAACGAGUGUUUAUUCAUUUUAAGACUAUAACUUUAUUUAUUGUUAAAUAAUGGAUGCUUAAAAUGGUUUUAUUUAUCUAAGAUAAAAUGUUUCAAUUUUUUCCUUUGACAGUUGGUGCUUUCUGAAAAUCUUUUUUCAUAAUGAUGCCACAGUUGCUGUUUUAGUAGGUAUGACUACUUAUUAUACUUUGUGCUCUUUAUUCUUGUUCUUUGCAUUUUCAUGUUUUAUCAUGUACUUGUGAAUAAUCCUAGGGAAACUUUGUCACAAAUUCUAACUAAGAUUUUCUUAAUAUGAAAGAAGUAAAUUUUUUUGUGAAGGGUUAUUUUCUUGGACCUUCAUAACAGUAUAAUUUCCUUUUUUGAAAUGUUAUUUUAAGGUAAGCAGAAGUACAUGUAACGGUUGAAGAGCAAUAGGGCAAAAACCAGACAUUGUCCUUCAUAAAAGUUUUAAGUUUAAA